UGCAGUAGYCAUGGCCAGGAUUCUCGUUCACAGGUUGAUCAUCGCACAGCCCUACCAUAAUGCAGGAGACAAGGUACGGGAUGAUGCACUUCCCAUCACCUGUGAGCAGAGACAAGGUCAUAUCCAAAUUCCCAAAGUGUUAUACUCUACAGGCCUGUCUGCAGAUGGAGGACUGGAAUACUCAGGCAAAGGUUGUCUGUAAAGGCAGCGCCAACAGGCAUCAGGGAUGGGACAGACUGAAAAUGUUCAAAGCAGUGGUUGUUGGCGAUCUGAAUGUGGGCAAGACCUGUCUAAUCAACCAGUUUCUCAAAGAUGUAUUUACCAGAGACUACAGGGCCACCAUUGGAGGUGACUUUGAGAUUGAGAGCUUUGAGCUCUCAGGAGCUCCAUUCUACCUUCAGAUCUGGGACACAGGUCCGGAAAAUGUAAAAUGCAUCGCUUCAGCAUACUACAGAGGAAAUAUGGAAACCCUGCGGGGUUCACUGUUGCUGUUUGACAUGGCAGACAUUAAGACCCUGCAGCACACACGGCAAUGGUUAGAGGAGGCCAUGAGGGAGAAUGAACCUGGCUCGUGUUAGGUUUUCCUGGUCGGAACCAAGAGUGACCUGCUUUUCUGGUGGACCCGCUUCCUGCUACUGCCGGCCGGGGGGUCGAGACGUGUGGUGGACGGGAAGGAGCACUGGGACAUCUACAGGGAGGGAGCGGGCAGAGAGGGCACCAGGGAGUGGGCCCUCAGGUUAGAUGGGACAGGAGUGCAGCUUCUACCUGAGCAGAAGCGCCUGUCCCCUAACUGCUUCAUCAGUGCUGAGAUCGUCCACUGGCUGAUCAACAACGUAGAGGGUGUGGCCACACAAGGAAUGGCUGUCGACAUCAUGCUGGGCCUGUUUGGCUUGGAGGAGCUGUUGGGCUACAACUGGGCCUACAACACCAUGCUGACCAAGGCCUGGAGGACGGGCGUGCUUGGGGACAAGAAGUUGGCUGACCGCCUGCUCAGAGACUUCACUUUUCUGACUUGUGCCUUGCAUCUAGGUCAAGGUUCUUCCAAGAUGUACUCUUAA